AAUUUCAUGUUUUUGGAUUAAAGCAAUGUUAACUACCAUUAAUAUUACUUCGAAAAGUAUUAAAUUAUUCUUAAUAAGUAUUCAGUAAAAGAAGCUAGCAAUAAUCGAAAUGCCAAAAGAUUCAAUUCGUUACGUUACUAAGGUUGAUUUAUCAAAGCCCGGUGAUCACCAACCACAAGUACACAACAGAUGGCACCCAGAUAUCCCAUUCACUGAAACCAUCAAACCAGGGGAAACUGUUAAAGUCGAAUGUUUAGAUUGGACAGGUAAUCAAAUUGUCAAUACUGAUGAUGCUGAUGAUGUGAAGUAUGUUGACUUGACGAGAAUUCAUUAUCUUUCUGGUCCAUUCAAUAUUGAAGGUGCAAAACCAGGUGAUUGUCUUGUAGUUGAGAUUAAAGAUGUUCAACCUUUGGAAAGACAACCAUGGGGAUAUACUGGAAUUUUUCAUAAAGCAAACGGAGGUGGGUUCCUUGAUUCUUUUUAUCCAGAAGCUGCAAAAGCAAUCUUCGAUCUCGAAGGUAUUCACGCUACUUCGAGACAUAUUCCAGGAGUGAAAUUUACAGGUUUAAUUCAUCCAGGUAUUAUGGGUACAGCUCCAUCUGCUGAAGUGUUGCAAGAAUGGAAUUCUCGUGAAUCAACUUUAAAAGCUAGUAUUCAACAUAAUCAUGACACUUCUGUAGCAAAUUUACCAGAACCAGUAAAUGCUCAUGCUGGUUUCGAAAGAAACCCAGAAAUAAUUGAAAAGAUUGCUAAAGAAGGAGCUAGAACUAUCCCUGGUAGACCAGAACAUGGAGGAAAUUGUGAUAUUAAGAACCUAUCAAGAGGUUCAAAAUGUUAUUUUCCUGUUUAUGUUGAAGGUGCCAAAUUUUCGAUAGGAGACUUACACUUCUCUCAAGGUGAUGGGGAGAUUUCUUUCUGUGGUGCUAUUGAAAUGGCUGGUGUAAUUACUCUUCAAUUCUCAAUUAUUCCAGGUGGAAUGGAAAAAUUGGCCUUGAAGUCACCCUUCUUUAUUCCUGGUGAUGUUCAAAACAAUUAUGGAUCUUCUCGUUACUUAACAUUCGAAGGAUUUUCUGUUACUGAAACAGGUGAACAACAAUAUUUAGAUGCCACUACAGCAUAUAGGCAAGCUUGUAUUAGAGCAAUUGAAUAUUUGAGAAGGUACGGCUAUAAUGACUAUCAGAUCUACUUAUUAUUAUCGGCUGCUCCAGUUGAGGGACAUAUUGCAGGAAUUGUUGAUGUUCCAAAUGCUUGUACCACAUUAGGAAUUCCUAUGGACAUCUUUGAAUUUGAUAUCAGUCCUGAAGCAGCAGUAGCUCAAGAAGCUAGAGGUAAUUGUGCUUUUGCUUCAGAUUCAGAGCACCCAGUUAUUUACAAUUUUCCAGAGUUUAAAAAAUAAAAACUAAAUCCAGUUAGUUACUAAAUAAUUAUUUA